AUGACGGUCUCGCUCCUUCCGCCGCCGCUUUACCUCGACGCCUCGAGCGAGGCGGGCGGGCUGCCACCGGUACAGGCCAACCUCAUGCCCUUCCACAUCGACUACUCGGGCCCGGCCCCCAUCGACGCGUUCAUGGUGCUGCGCCAGGCAGAGGGGCACGAGGACGAGACACCUGGCGCGGAAAGCCAUGAUCCGACCGCCGUAACGGCAAAACCCACCGCCGAGAGCCUUGUCUCGGCCUUCCGCGGCAGAACGAUCCAGUCGACCCAGCUGCCCUUGCCCAAAGGAUAUGUCGGGCGCAUCGUCAGCGCAUCGACGUCCGUCGUGCCGUCUGCAACACCCGCGUCGAGUGGCCCGGAAGUCGACCCGGACCGACCGUCGUCUGCAAAGAAGGCCAGGCUCGACGCAGCCGCCUCGUCACGGGCGCAGCGCAACCGGUUGCCUCCACCACCCAAGCCCGCAAAGAUGCAGCGCUUCUCCAUGGACGACGAGGACGACGAUGAACAAGAAGAGGACGAAGAAGAGGACGAAGACCAUGACGAGCGCGCAGAGGCAGGGAACGGCCUGGAUGGGCUUCCGACGCAGGGGAGAGACGGCGCGGGCAACGACGGCGACGACGACCCAGAGCCCGCUCAACUUGCAUCGCCAGCGGAACCUGCGCAACCAGAAGUCCGGCAAAUGCUCAGGCCCAUCGCUGCCAUGGCCGACGAUGCGAUACGCGUAUGGGGUCCCGACGGUCCCGUCGAUCGCGGCGACGACGUCUUCUUCCGCACCGUCGAGGAGUGGGUCGGCGUCGUCUGCGCAGAGAUUCACGCAGAUUGA